CAUUCCAGGUGGAUGACCCAAGUUUUCGAACGGAGACGCCAUUGAAAAUGGCGGACAAGUCUGUUAUAGCGCUUGUCCUAUCCAUGAUAGCUGUUGCUUUCCUUGUUGGAGCAUUCGCGAGUCCAUACUGGGUAGAGUCUUUCCAGAAAGCCGACAGUCGAUUUAUUAAGGCGGGAUUAUGGGAAUUUUGUUUCAAUGAUUAUACGUUUUGGAAGGACUACAACGGUAACAGGUACAAGGGCUGUUGGUAUAUUUUCUCCGACCAAUACAGACCUAUUUGGGAAUGGCUUUCCCCUCAUUGGUUCAUCGCUGUACAAGUGAUGGUAAGCGUGUCGCUGCUGUUCCUUGUCAUCACAACCUUUACAGGCAUCCUGGCGGUUUGUCAUGUUUUCCCCGAGUACCUUGAGGAAAUCAUCUUAUUGGGCUGUAGUCUUACCAAGUUUGUCAUAGUAUUGAUACAGUUCAUUGUGCUCGUCUUGUAUGGAGUUCAGAAAGAAGAUCGACAGUGGAUGCCAAGACCUGAUCAAAAUUUCCUAUCCUGGUCUUACGGACUCUUUGCAGUAGCCACAAUCUUUACACUAGCUGCAGCCGUCACACUACUCAAAGCUGGUAUGGACCUCCGGAAAAAGCUUAAAGAAGAUUUCCCAAGGAGACGCUACUAGUUUAUUUCUCCUUGAGCUUUUGUAUCAAACUUUGGUGAAAUAUCACCUGAUAUGAAUGUAAAUAGUCGGAUUCUUGCUGAUGGCAGUCAUUGGAAAAACAGUUCUUUGUUGACUUAUUGAACUUCAAUAGCUAAUACAAAUAUCCAUAUUUUGAAAAAAUUGGAAUAUAAAGCUUUCGGUAAAAUUAUGGACCUAGAAAUGUUAACAUUGAAAAUGUCUUGCAUGUUUUAUUUAAUGAACUUCUUAUGUAACUUAGAUUUGUAUAUAAGUAAGAUACCAAGAAUACAUUUAUCAUAAAAAUGGUACACGAAAAUGACUCCCAAGAAUAAAAAAAUCAGUGUCACAAGUGCUAAAAGCUUUACAUACAUGAAUUUUAUAAAUAUUGUCAAUUCUUUUUGACUAUUUUUUUAAAAAAGUAAGUUGGGAGAUGAAAUUAGUGUAACAAUUUGAAAAUGACCUUGCUAAUAAUGUAAUAAACAUGAUUUGUAUUUCAAAAGUUGAGGUCAUAAAUGAAUUUAGAGGUCUAAAUUUUGAUAUUUUACAAUUCAAACCUGUCUGAUUUUAUUUAAAAGUACCAUUUAUAAAGGAGACAAAGAGAUCCAAUUCAAUACAUAUCAUAAUUACCGUAUCCGAAAUAAUAAGCGCAUGUGUACAAAGAAACACACUAUCAAUUCGGAUGAAAGGAUGUUUUGAUAUUGACUAUUUUCAAAAGUAAAAUGUUUUUCUUUAUUUUUCACUCAGAUUCCACAUAGAAAUAUUUCCCAGAAAAUGGUUUUAUCAAGUGUUCCCCUUGUGAUUUUAAAACAACGCUGGGUUUAUUAAGUCAAAUACGGUUGUCAUGGAUUUUAACUAAAUGUCAAUGUAUGCAAUUAAAUAGUUUAAUUAUAGUUGACGUGUACAUAUUAAUAUUAUUGUUUAUAAUUGGAUUAUUUUGUAUAUUUUGGAAAAUGUAAACUUGUAAAUACAUCAGGGUCCGAAAUUAACUUUAUAACUAGGGAAAUGCCAGUUAAAUUGCAGGAAAUGUUAGUUAAAAUUUUGUCUACUUGCAAAUUUUUGCACAUGCGAUCAUGAGCGUAGAUAGUGAAAAUAUGAGUGGGAAAUGGAUACCAACAUUUAAUAAUUAUGAUUUUAUGACGAAUGAGAUCUUUCUGAUAAGUGGUGUGAUUCCUGUAUUUUUCUACUUUGUGUUAAAAUUACUGGUAAUGAAAACACUGCUAUAAAGUUUUCUAGUUAAAAAUUUGAUUUUGCUAGUGGGAAUUUUGGGCACUCGCAAUUAAUUGCUCUAGUGAUUUAAAAAGUUAAUUUGGACCCCUGUACAUUGUAAAUUGUACGUUGUAUACACUAAUGACAUUGAGGAUAAGAAUAUAAAUCAAUCAUUACUGUUUGAUUAAUUAAUGUUAUUCCAGAUUUCUAAAUUUUUAGGAUCCAAUAAUAAAGAUAUUCCACUUCUCUUCCAAGUUGAACAUGCUUAAUAUUGAUGUUCAUUUAAAAUAAGUCUUCUUUUCAUAUUCAUUUUGUAAUUCUAACAUUCACAUGAAAGAUCUUCGUAAUGUCAUUUUUAUAAAUAAUCAUAUCAUUCUAGAAGUUUCCACAGACUUUUGUAAUAAAUUUUAUACAAUAUAA